AUGACUGCAGUGACAAUAAUAAAUUUCAGUAGUUUGUCGGGAACACAGGUUACAAACGGUGAUGAAAAAAUUAAUGCUGAUAUCUUGAAUUUAAUUACUGUUGGUUUGUUGGGUGGUUAUGCGAUAAGAGAGGUUAAAGCGUACAAUGAUCGAAUUUAUUUGGAGAGAUAUCGUCGAAGUUAUUGGCUUGGAGAAAAAUAUUAUCAAAUGGAUAAUCUAUAUUAUUUAACUACAAGAGAUACGUGCUUUUAUCAUAUGAGUGAAACUGAACGACAAGGAUUGAAGUAUGAAAAUGACUGGACACCAAUUACAACAGUUGUAUAUCAAUGUCAAAAGUAUGCUCAGUAUUGUUGCGGGUUAGACUGUUGUGAUAUAACAAAAACAGAAAUUCGAAGUGUACCCGAACAGCCUAUGAAAUAUCCGUGGUCAAAACCUGUUGCAUCAACUGCAACCAAUUUACAGCAGCUUUCACCGUUCAGAAGCAGCACCAACGGUGGCAACGGCCGCAACAUUAUUAUUUGUAUUGUAAAAGAAAAUAAAUAUUGUCCGAUAAGCGGUGAUGUCGUUUCAGCGCAGAUAUGUGAAUAA